UUUUUCACACCAACGCACAUAUAUAUUGAUUCUUCAAUCAAAGACAAGCAGAUACCAUUGGAGAGGACAAGAAUGCCAUCGAAAGUCUCCCAAUCGCAGCUCGUUUCUCUUUCCUUCAACGAUGAAGACGAUUUUCAAACUCCUCUCACGCAAACCCCACGCGCUACCAGCACUUCCGCUUCAUCUGCCAGACAUCGGAGCUCCAGCAUCUCACUUACAAAUCAUCUCAAGCCCUCGGCUAACCUCCACCGUUCAUCUAAAACGCCAAAGCGUCUCCGAUCCGGCAAGGAGAAUGUUGCGCCCACCAAUGUCGAUGUUUUGGAUUUCAAAUUCGAAGAAGAUUGCAGCUUGGAUUCCAUACCAUCGAGCAUUGAUUUUACGGCUCGGGAUGGAAAUUUGGACAAUAUGGUUGUCGGGGAUGAUGAUGGGAAGAAGGGGUUGGAAAUGGAUAGAGGUUAUUUGAGGAACUCGAUUGAGUCCAGACUAAUGCAGAGGCAGGAAGUGGAUUCUGGUUCAAUUACUGGUCAGGGUGGUUUGAGCGAGGAUGAUACGUUGAGGGAUUUUAAAGGAAGUACACAAAAUGCAGAGCUCGAUGUACUACUCAAGCUAUGUGCAGAAGAUGAUUCCAGUGGUGCUUGCAUUGACCAGCAGGAAGACAAUUCAGGAGAAAGUGUACGUGAUGGUGGUGGCGAUAGAGGUCUAGUUCAGUGCCCACUGUGUGGAAUUGAUAUAUCAGAUUUCAGUGAUGAAAUGAGACAAGUCCACACCAAUGAUUGUCUUGACAAAAACGAGAAUCAAGCUCAAAAUGCUGUCCUUCCAGUUGAUGUCAAGGCACCUGAGAUCCAACAGCAGGUUGUUGAUAAUUCUGUUGAGUCUCCUCGACAACUAGCUGAUGUCUCUCCUACUAUUAAUUGGCUUCGCAAUCUAGGUUUAGAAAGAUAUGAAGAAGCUUUUGUUCAAGAAGAGAUUGAUUGGGACACCUUGCAAUGGCUGACAGAAGAGGAUCUCCUCAGCUUAGGUAUUACUGCACUUGGUCCCAGGAAGAAGAUUGUGCAUGCUCUUAGUGAGCUUAGAAAAGGAUGUGCCCAUGCAGUUUGGACUCAUAUGGAUACACAUGCCUCUGGUAUGUUUGCAGCACCGGGUACUCAUGGCGUAGAGAGACACACUGAGGCUUCUGAAGCUAUCGCUGACGAAAUUAGUAAACAAGCUUCAAACAAGUUGAUUACCGAUUAUUUUCCUGGUUCUGUUACAGAUAGGAAGAAAAGUUGCACAACCUCUGGAGAACAGCGCAGGUUAAAUAGAUGUUCCUCAGACUCUGCUCGUAAGCAUGCUGUGAGAAAACCUGCCAAAAAUAGAAAGCUUAAAGACAUUCCCUCAUGGUGUUGCAUACCAGGGACACCCUUUAGAGUGGAUGCAUUCAAAUUUCUCAGAGGAGAUUGUUCUCAUUGGUUCCUUACCCACUUCCAUAUGGAUCAUUAUCAAGGUUUGACAAAGUCUUUCUGUCAUGGGAAGAUUUACUGUUCGUUGAUCACGGCAAGGCUUGUAAAUAUGAAGAUUGGAAUCCCUUGGGAUAGAUUGCAAGUUUUACCCCUCAACCAAAAAAUCAGUAUUGCUGAAAUCAACGUGACAUGCUUAGAUGCAAACCAUUGCCCAGGUGCCAUCAUAAUUCUUUUCGAGCCACGAAAUGGUAAGGCUGUUCUCCAUACCGGGGAUUUUCGCUUUUCUGAGGAAAUGGCUAGCAUGUCUCUUCUGCGUACUUGUCCUGUCGACACUGUCAUCCUUGAUACCACUUACUGUGAUCCCCAGUAUGACUUUCCAAAGCAAGAAGCUGUAAUACAAUUCGUCAUUGACGCCAUCCAAGCUGAAGCUUUUAAUCCUAAAACGCUUUUCUUAAUUGGUUCGUAUACAAUUGGAAAGGAAAGACUGUUCUUGGAGGUUGCUCGUGUCCUUCGUAGAAAAGUUUAUGUCCCUGCAGCAAAGUUUCGUCUUCUUGAAUGCUUGGGCUUUUCUGAGGAAGACAUGCUUUGGUUUACAUUAAAUGAACUGGAGAGCCACAUUCAUGUCGUGCCUAUGUGGACACUUGCAAGCUUCAAACGACUGAAACAUAUAUCCAAUCAAUAUGUGAAUCGAUUCAGUCUAAUAGUUGCUUUCUCACCCACCGGAUGGACAUUUGGUAAAGGAAAGAAGAAGUCUCCCGGGAGAAGGUGGCAACAGGGUACCAUGAUAAGGUAUGAGGUUCCAUAUAGUGAACACUGCAGCUUCUCAGAGCUCAGAGAGUUUGUGAAGAUGGUCUCUCCUGAAAAGAUAAUACCCAGUGUGAAUAAUGAUGGACCAGAGUCUGCCGAUACUAUGGUUUCCCUAUUGCUGUCUUAACUGAUCAGAAAAUGAAAUGGAAAUCGAGGUCCCUGGUUCUUCUCUAUCAGAUUUGUGGCUGCCAUGCUCUUGAAAAUAUAGGAAGGAGGGUUGUGGUACUUCCAGCUUUGCCUAUGUUAUGUUGUUUUCAAAGCUUUCUGCAAUUUACAAAAAAAAAUAUGAAACGUUAGAUUACAUAAGUCAGUGAUAGGAAGUGGAAAUUGUUGUAGAAAUAGUAUUGUCAGAAUGAAAUUUUGGGCACAAGCCAAAAUUCUUGUGUUGAAUUAUGUAACGGAGUAUCCAUUGAUCUCGAGAUAUGGAAAGCCUCAUUAUGCAUCGUAAUUGUGGGAUCUCUAAUUGAACCUUCAGGUACAUGAGCAGUUUGAAGCUUUUUUGCUUAGGAACA